UUUUUUUUCUUCUACUCGCAGUUACGGCACCAUCUGAUUGAACGACAGGACAGAAUUCCGUUGACCAUUCUUGUCACCUACUGUCAUCAGUUGGCCUCCGCACUCGCCUACAUCGAAGCUCUGCACAUAAUUCACCGAGACGUGGCGGCACGCAAUGUGCUUGUGGCCAACGAAACCUGCGUCAAACUGGCUGAUUUUGGCAUGGCAAGGCAACUAGGGGAGCUGGACUAUUACGUCGCUGAACCAGGACGGAAGGUUCCCAUUAAAUGGAUGGCUCCCGAAAGUCUGCAAUCGCGAAUUUUCAGCUCCGCAAGUGACGUUUGGAUGUUUGGUAUGUCCGGUCCCUUUGCUUGCAAUUUUGCUUUUUAA